CUCAAUUCCAUAGCGAUAAAUUUGAUUAUUGAAAAUAUAUUACGAAUAUGAGCUUCCUUCAUAUUCAAUCUAAUUAACAAUCGACAGAUGAAUCAUCCCAUCCCCUGAAUUAAAAACUUAACUUUCUACAAAUUCAAACCAUAGAUUUAAAACCUUACAAGAAAAAAUGGAGGCUCCUUUUUAAUAAUAUUCCAAGCCUCAAAAUAUUAGAAUCUAUUUACUUUGAUUUAUUAGGCUAAAGUACAUAGGAGCGUGAGACGAAAGAGAUGAUCUUCUUACAAUGCAUUCUCUUAAAUAUGCGAGCUCCCUUACACUUAAAAUUAGUAAAAUAAAAAACGAUAAGCCAUAGAAUGAAGAAUAAUGGAUUCAUAUUAGUGAACUAAUGCCAACCCAAAAAACUCCAUUUGAAUGGUCUUAAAUAUGUUAAUAAUUUAUACAUCAAUCUGCUUAUAAUAAUCCAUGGUCUGAGAAUGAAGAUAAACUACUAUUAGACAUUAUUUUGUAAUAAUUUAUACUAUAAAGUAGGUCCUUUCAAAAGAUGAAGAAGGGAAAUAAAUGGAGUAAAAUAGCACGAGAACUAAAUGAAAGAUGUCUUAACAAAUGUAUUCGUACUCCUAAACAAUGUAGAGAACGUUGGGGAAAUAAAUUAGAUCCAUCUAUAAAUCGGUAAUUUAAAAUUUUUAUUAUUUUAAGUGAUGAAUGGACAGAUAAGGAAGAUCUUCUCUUCCUUUAACUUCUUUUAUAACAUGGAAGAAGAUGGGCAGAGUUAUCUAUUCGAUUAUCACCUAUUAAUAAUAAUAAAAAACGAACUGAAUUUUCUUUAAAACAUAGAUUUAAAAAAUUAAUAUCUAGUGCUAAUAACAUAGGUACUAUAAUUUAUUCAUUUUUAGAAACUAAAUCAAUUCCUGGAACCAAAUAUGCUAUAUCCUCAGAUUGGAAUAAUAAAGAAAUCAACAAACUACUUUGCAAGAUAUCUUAAUUAGAAAUAACAACCAAUUAAAAAGAGGAUCAAAACUUCUAUUAUCAUCCUCUGUCUAAGCAUAUUAAACUUAAUGAUUUAAAAAAGUUGGUUAUCAUCAAAAGAAACACCAAAGUAGAGUUGGAUUUGUCAAUUCUUUUUAAUUCGACAAAUACCGAGUUAAAUAUUUGA